AUGGGCCUCCGUUCCUCUGCUCUCGGCGCCUUGUGCCUUGCGUCUUCGGCCCUUGCCCGCACAAAUCUCGUUGGAUGCACCUACUUUGACACAGUUAGUGCCUACCCCGGUGGCCAGUCCUUCGCAACCCGCGUCUGGUACGUCCCAGAAUCUGGAGAGCUCUGCGAAAUUCUCGACUGUGGCGGCGGCCGAGCUCCUCCCAAGACAACCGUCCCGGGGUGUGCCGCCUAUAAAGGAACUGAAACCUAUUCGCCCUCUUUUAUCAACCCCAAGACCCUUGGCCAAGCUCCGGCCACUGACGGCCCUGCCAAGAUCACCAGCAGCUCUGCUGCUGGGGUUACCGCCGCUCCAUCUUCGUCUGGAACCGCUAGCGGAGAGGCACCUAGUACUAUUACCAAAGCUCCUGAGUUGCCACAGACGAAUUCGACGAUGACAAUGGUGACGAGCGCGCCAGCAAGUUUGGGAAGCAGUGGAGUGUCUACGACCAACACCACGAAACCAAGCAUCCAACCCGUGGCCAGCACCGGCGCGGCAGUCGCUCUCCCGACAGCCGGCUCCGUCUUGGCUGGCUGGCUGGCUGCCGGUGUGGUUGCAGGGCUUGCCUUGGUUUAA